CCGGAGGCGUUCGGAAGCUUGGCUUUUGCUACAUAGUAAGCAACGGACGCGGGAGUGAAUGAUUCUCCAGGCUGGCUGCCCAGCUCCAGCCCGGCCGUCGCCCUCCGUCUUCCUCGCCCGGCUUCGGGGGCGCAAAGAUGGACCUGCAGCAGCUCCGCCACUUAAACCAAGACCUCUUGCGGAGGCUGAAGGCAAACCAAGAAGCGAUCAGGAAACGGCUCCCCGCCACGCUGGCCUCCCCGUCGGCGACGCCUGAGCGCAAACGGGCGCCCGGUUCCACGAAUGGGAUCCGGCUGCCGUUUUGCACAGACGUGGAGGGGGCCACCCUGAGCGUUCCAGCGGCAGGGAGCCCCCCCGGGGCCCGGCGGGGGGUCGGCUCUCCCUUGCGAGGCACCCGGUCGCAGAGAGAAGGGCGCUCCCCGAGCCGUGGGCCGCUCAGCUCCCCCAGCGUGAUCGUUGUGCCAUCUGGCGAAGCUGAAAGUGGAAGCGAGGAAGCAGCGAAGGAGGGUGCCCCCCGAAAGUCGCCCCCUGGGGCUCUGCGCAGCGCGGAGGAGAGAAAGAAGGCGAGGGGCAGAGAGGAGCUGGCCCAAACCCCGGCGGAAGAGAGGGGGAGGCAGGGGGCUUCUGCUCGGAUGCCGCAGACCCCCAAGUCCAUUCUGCUUACACCGGGGGGCAAGCAUGCCAAGGCGAGGAAGAAGAAGGAAGCUGGGCACGUGACGUUUGUCUCCGACGCCGAGGAGCCUUUGAUCCCAGCGGACAGCCUGUCCGCGCGCCCCUUCCUGGGCUACGACUGGAUCGCAGGGCUGCUGGAGAUGGAUACGUCCCUGUCUGAAAAACCCGAGGAAUAUUUUGCGGAGCUGCAGAAUUUCCGGCAGGUGAACAGGGAGGCUUGCAUCCGUGACCAGGAUUUACAGUUGGAAGACGUGAAUUCUUCAGCCCUGGAUCGGGAGACAGAAACAGAUGUGACUUCCCAUCAAUGUGUCUUCUGCUAUCGGUUGAAUAAACGACUUUUUACGGUGCCGAUGGAUCCAGAAUCGGCCUGCCCCGUUUGCAAAACCCCACGGGCUGAAAAGCCCCCCGAAACGCUGGUGGAACCAGCUUUUAUUAGAAUUAGCAUCCCGAGAGCUACCUUUCUCCCCGCAUACAAGCACAAAAUCCAUCGGCGGAAAAGUUACGAGAUGGAAGACAAUUUGGCCCUGCCCUCGCACUGCCUUGCUGGUUGGGAAAACCCCAUGGGCGUUUCCACCCCCGCCCUCAGCAGCCUGGAUCUUCAUUCAUCCCUGGAUUCUCAGGGUCCACAUCAGAAUUCUGGCUCUAGGGUGUCAGGUGGAACCAGGACAGACGAACUGCUUGACCUCUCUCGAGUGGUGGAAUUUGAACUCAGCAGCGUCCCUUGGAAGCAGACUCACCUAAAGCCGCCACGCUGCAAAGCAACUUUCCAUUAAAACCACAUCCAGUUUGUAUCGAUUGUGCCGUCUCUUUUUGCUUGGAACAGGGAACCACAGAGCAAUAGGACAUUUCGUGUGAACGCCCACGGUCCCUGAACUGGUAGGCUUUGUAAAUUGUUUAGUUCAAGAAUGGCAGGGUGAGUCAUUUUGUUUUUUAAAAAUCCGCAUUUUAAUUUUUUUAAAGGAACUUUGCCUUUUGGUCCACGUGGCGUACGAAAAGACACCCACACCCACCAACACCUUUUGGGGGAAAGACAAUAACAGUUAAAAAUCAUACACCUUUUGGACGGGAGGGGAGAGUUGACCUGUGCUGUGUGCAUUUUUAAAGUACCUCUUUUAAAAAAGAAUCAAUAAAUAUUCCUUUGAAGGCUGCGUCUUGAGAAGCGGCAAGCAUCUUUCAGGAACACGGAAUGAAGAGUAAUGCAGAGAAGCGGGUCAUAAAGCGUGAAAAAUAAAUAAAACAAUAAAAAACAGGGCACGGGGAAAAAACUAGCACGGAUAUUUGACACGUUGGAGGGGAGGUGAAACCUCCUUUGGACCCAGGGGGAGACCGAUCUCUGGAGGGGGCACUCACUUCUGAAAUCACGGAGACCCAAAUGCAGAUAAACAGGUUUGGAAAGCCGGCCAACCUGGGCCAGGAGCGUUCCAAAGAUGCUGUGGCUGUUGGCAGCCGCUGAUUGGCUCCUUCCCCGUUGCCACGGUGACGGGUACGUAACCUCCUUUGCUCUGUGGUCCAGAAUUGGAGCCCCUUUGGAUGAGACAAAGCGGACGAUGCUGAUUUGGUUCAGUUCGGAGUUAUGGCUUCUCAGAUACGUCGGCGGCGCUAGCCUCCCACCGGCUCUCGGUAAAGGAUCGCGGCGUUUUAGAAUAAAUUCUAAUAGUUAUUUCCACCUUUGCAAGUCCGGGGGUGCCCGCAAUGCUUUGCAACUCAUUUUCCAGAAGAGAGAAGGGGGUGGUGCCGUUGGGCAUCCGUGGCCCGUUGGCAGGCGAGCUUUUCUUUUGGUGGGUUCCCAGCGGCUGCCAGAACGUGCUGAAACGCCGAUUUCCCAUAUGACGAAAGGGGGAAAAAUGCAUGUUUAUUCAUGUCAUCUUUUAGCACACACCUGUACGGGCUGCAAGCAGACCGCCCCAAAGAUGGAGGGAACCGCAGGCCUUCCCGCCUGCCGUCGAUCUCAGCAUCAAAGCGACAUUUAGUGGAACCAGCAGG